AUGUUUGGCAUUUUGACUGCUGCUGCACGCAAUGCUUUUGCUGUGAAGCCCCAAGGACAAGCGGCCCGUGGCAUGGCCUACAAGCUCAAGUCGCAUUCAGGUGCCAAAAAGCGAUUCUUCCCUACGAGCAAUGGCAACUUUAAGCGUUGGAAGGUUGGACUUCGCCAUUUGAACGUGACCUUUUCACCCGAACGUGUCAACCGUCUCAGUCGUUCAGUCUUGGUCAACAACACACAAAAGAAGAUGCUUCACAAAGUCUUGCCAUACAAAUAA